UUCUCAUAAUCAACUGCGAGAUCUGUGUGAGAGAAUAAAAUAAAAUUAUCAAAAUUCAUUUGUUUACAAACGAAGAGAGAAUCGCCACGAAACCGAAUGCAAGCCCAGUUGAUUGGUGACAUUACUUCGUGCAAGAUGUGUUCUAUUGCGGCCCGAGAACAUUUGAAAUAUAUGUGUUGUCGCUGCUGUUCGAAGACUCAGCAAAAAAUAUGGGUCUUUGGCACUGCAACGGUGUUCCUGGUACUAGGACUUGUGGGCAUUAUUUGUGGGCCCAGCUUGAUUAUGGAUAUGAUUUAUAAGAUGCUACCCCUAAAGGAGGGCGGUCGCACCUAUGACAAGUGGGCCAAUACCCCAGUACCAAUCUACAUGGCCAUGUAUCUUUACAAUUGGACCAACACCGAGGAUGUAAGAGUGAAGGGUGUCAAACCAAAUUUUGAACGUGUCGGACCCUAUGUUUUCCGUGAGGAGAGAAUCAAACAGAAUAUCACCUGGUAUCCGAAUAAUACGGUGUCAUUUAUGCCGCAACGUUUUUGGUAUUUUGAGCCCGAUAUGUCCGGUGGCACAUUGGAGGAUAAGAUUACAUGCCCGCAUUUGCCAACAAUUGCUGCCUCGAACAUAGCUCGCGACUUUCCCAAAGUUAUAAAAGUCUUCUUCAACAUUGCUCUAAAUAGCAAUGGUGGUGCCCUGUAUCAGACGCACACAGCCGAUGAGUGGCUGUUUAAGGGUUUCUAUGAUGAAUUUCUGGACUAUGCCAUGAAACUGAACAACUCAAUGACGGGUGACAUUAAGGACAAUCAUUUCGCCUGGUUUCUGCAUCGUAAUGGUUCGGCAGAUUUCGAGGGAAUUUUUACGAUCAACACCGGUGCCGAAGAUCUACGAGAAAUGGGUGAAUUAAAGUUAUGGAAUGGUGUUAAUCACACAGGAUAUUUUAAGGACGAAUGUGGUCGGGUGAAUGGCAGCACAUCGGAUUUGUUUGUACCCAAUCGCAAGCCCGAUGAGUGGAUAACGAUUUUCAUGAAAGACACAUGUCGCAUCAUCAAUUUGGUGCCAUCAGGUCGGACUACAAUUGAGGGUAUUGAGGGUAUACGCUAUGAAACAAAACCGGAUACAUAUGAUAGUGGUACCCUUAAUCCGGAUAUGAAGUGUUAUUGUCCUCGGGAGUUGAUGCCAAAUAAUUGCCCGAAGCAUGGUGCUACAGACAUACGCAGUUGUGCUGACGGUGCCCCAAUGUUUAUGUCACAUCCCGGAUUUUUAUAUGCCGAUCCAAGCUAUGCCAAUACCACAACGGGAACCAAGGCAGAUCCGGAAAAGGAUGUAUUCUUCAUAACAAUGGAACCGAAAUUGGGUGUACCCUUGGAUGUAAAUGUGGCCAUACAGAUUAGUUUGUACAUUCAACCGGAUAGGGAUAUAUCACUACUCAGGGGCAUACCCUCGUUUUAUGCCCCUCUGUUCACCAUUAACAGUAUUGCCAAAAUUACACCCGAUAUUGCCAAGGAAGUUAAGCUCGCCCUCAAUAUCCCCAACAUUGGCCUAUACACCGGCAUCGGCAUAACAUGCCUGGCCGUUUUAAUAGCAUCUGUGGGCAUAUUUGUUACGGUUACCAAGCGAUGGUAUGAACCCAUCGGUGAUGAAAACACCAUCAUUAAUAAUCACUAGUUUAAGGAUCAACAAUUCCCAACUCUGCACCAAAGCAUUUACUAGGGCUAAAGCAUUUGCAGGAGUUAAGAACAAAUUUAUAGUUUUAAGUUAGUCAUAAGAGUUUUUGUACCGCUUUUUUAAUUAUUAUUUUAUAGUUUAAUUUUUUUGUAUCCUUGCCAAAUGAAAUACUAUUGUUACAUAAGAUCUCUGUUCGAAAGAACAAGAAAUAAAAAAAAAAUAACAAGUAAAAAA